AUGACAUCAACAGAGGCACGGGAGAACAUCUCGACAAACGAAAAUGGCGCUCCUGACGUUGCAGAGCCAGCAACAGCUAAUGGCAGCAUGAAGAGGGACAAACCUUGCCAACAGUCGUCCAGGUCCCCUGCUGUCUUGAUGCCUAACGAAGACACCGAGAUAUUGUACUCAUAUCUUACGUUCGGCACAGCUCUGCCCGUUGUCAACACCAGAUCGGAAAGAGAAGACCAGCCUCCACCUCCACCGCAGCCAGACUUAUCGCGCUUCAGCAACCCAAUUCACUGGCCACAGCACCGCAAGAAUGCCUUACUCGCCCUCUCUUGCAUCGCCACCUUUUUGACGGCUUACACAGCGGGUUCAUACUCACCGCCAGCUCGCACGAUGACCAGGGACCUCGAUAACGGUACGGCGUCGCACUUGCAAGUCUUGGCAGGCAUCUCAACCUUCUGUUUGGGAUUCGCCCUUGCGCCUAUGGUUCUCGCCCCCGUGUCCGAGAUCAACGGUCGCUACCCGGUAUUCAUCGUCGCCAAUGUGGUCUUCACCAUCUUCCAAGCCGCGUGUGGGGCUGUCAACUCAUUGGCAGGCAUGCUGAUCUGUCGAUUCGGAACGGGUGUAGGCGGCUCCGUAUUCAGCAGCAUGGUGGGUGGUGUUAUUGCGGAUCUUUGGGACGCCGAGGGGCGCAACACCCCUAUGGCCCUCUUUGCUUGUGCUGCGCUUUUGGGCACCGGCAUCGGCCCCAUGGUUGGGGCUUUGUCCUUUUUCACCGUGGAGGGUAAGGGGAUGUGGCGAUGGGUCUUUUACCAUCAAGCUAUCGCUUCGGCUGUUCUCAUGAUUGUAUUUGCUAUUUGCUUCAAGGAAAGCCGGGGACCGGUGCUGCUGUCUCGUAAAGCAAAGGCGCUGAACAAGUGGUAUGAAGAGAUGGAAGCGAAUGGAUAUUAUGGUGUCUGGGUAGGUGACGAGUUUCUGCACCAGAGCUCGUUUGUACCAGUGGGCCGAUCCGGGUCUGAGACGGACACAAUCACUGCUACGUCUGACCAGACGCCACAGGAUACAGACAGCAGCUAUGAUGAAGAAAAAGGUGGCCCAUCGCGCAGAAACUCGUCGACACCAACCCAAACCACCCUUCGAAGGAUCCGAUGGCGGGUCAAGUCCGACGAUGAACGCACCUCUAUCGUCAUGAUGAUGUCCGUCUCGGUCUCGCGACCAUUUCACCUCCUCUUCACCGAGCCCGUCGUCUUCUGGUUCGCCCUCUGGGUGUCAUUCGCCUGGGCAGUGCUCUAUCUCACCUUUGGCUGCAUUCCCCUCGUCUUUACCACAAUCUACGGGUGGAGCCUGGAGGCCUCUGGCCGCAUCUUUGUCUCCAUGUGCGUAGGUUCCAUCGCCGGCACAGGAAUCAGCAUCUACCAAGAGCGCCUCUUGUACCAUCCAAAGUGGAACGCAGACUCGGACGUCGACCCCGCGACGCUGUCCCGGUGGUGGUUGUUCCUCCGCCGCCGCUUCCCCACCAACGCCCCCGAGUCGCGCCUCUACUUCACCUGCAUCACCGCCGCCCUCCUGCCCAUAGGCAUGCUCGCAUUUGGCCUGUCGUCCAGCGCCGACCUGCACUGGAUCGGCCCGGCCGCGUCCAUCGCCGUCGCCACUGUCGGCAUCCAGGCAGUCUACCUCGCUUCCUUCAACUACCUUGCCGACGUGUACCAGCAGUACGCCUCGUCGGCCAUCGCCGCUCAGAGCUGCUGCCGGAACCUGAUGGGUGGGGCGUUCCCGCUCGUCACGAGCCUGCUUUUUCGCAACCUGGGCCCCGCCAACGCCGGCGUCCUGCUCGGCUGCAUCGCCGCGGCCCUCACCCUGGUGCCGUGGAUUUUGGUGGCUUACGGCGAGCGGAUUCGAGCGAGGAGUCGGUUUGCAAUGUCGUUGGAUAAGAUUUGA